AUGGACUCUACAAGGAGCUCGUCAGUUGGCAAUUCAAUCGGUAGAUCAAUACCCAGAUGUGGAUGCAACGAAUCAAUGAAGAUGUUUGUCUCAAACACACACGAAAACCCUCGGAGGAAGUUUUGGAGAUGCAAGAAUCGUGGAAAGAGUGAUGCAGCAUGCGAUUUGUUUCUUUGGGAUGAUGAAGUCGUGGAACACAUUAUGAGAGGUGGGAAGAAAGAAGUUUUCAGAGGUGGAGAGUUGGUUAUCAAUAACAGUGAAUUCACACUUGAUCAAAUGAAAGCUUUUGGAUUACAGUUUGGGAAAGAGUUUGGAAAGGAGUUUUUCAAAGAAUUUGGCCUAGAGGCAUCUUCAAAGAAGGUUGAAAAGUUGAAGUUGCUGAAUGAAGAAAGGAAAACAAACUUCAGAAUGGAUUUUGCUGUAACGAUUUUGUUUGCAACUGUUGUGUACUUUUGUUUCUUUAACAUGUAUCAUUUCAGUUGA